AUGGCUCCAUCUGGUGGGAGCUCCGUCUACAGAUCUCCGCCAACAUUACGAGCUGGAGCUUCAUUUCCUCUUUUACGUAUUAUAUAUCAGAUUAUUGGACUAUUUGUUACAUUUGUUGUAACUUUAAUUAUAUUUUUUAUCAGUCCUGUCUUUCUAAUUGCUCGCAUAGCUUGUUUUUGUAAAAAAAAAUCGCGAAGACAUUCAAUUGAUGAGCCCAUAAGUUCAUGUUGUUCAAAUCAUCCCAUUACGGGUCAUGGGCCGAAUAUUGGCAUCGUCAUUAUCAAUGAUAGCGAAAUCAAUCCGAUGUUCUGUAAUAGCCUGUUCAAAAAUAUUCCAUUCGUUAAAGCUGGUCCGAAUAAUCGUCCAUCAGCUACAGAGCCAUACACAUCGUUAUGUCGUCAAUGGGAUGGAGAUCGUGAUCCGUGGAAAGAAACUGAUUUGAAGAAUAUUCUCAAUGAUUACUCAUCAUUUCCAUCCAACUGUACAACAGUUCAUAUAUCCAAGUCGUUAGAGUAUUAUCCAGUUCAUUUAAUAAUAAUAGCUAAUCCGACAACGAAUUUCGUUCGAUGUAUUCCAAAUAUGAUAGGAAUGAUAGCUAAUAAUGAGAAAUACUUCGAUAUUGAACCAGUACGAUCACUGCGAGCAACGGAUAAUCCACGUGCUCAACUUAUACGAGUACUAUUUCAUUCUGCUUAUCAAUUCUUUCAUUUUCUAACUGAAGGACCAACAACUGUAUUAUCGUUAUUCAUACGUAGUAGAAGCAGUCUAUGGAAGCAUUUACAAGAAGAUGAAAAGCGUAUUAUACGCAAAAGAAAAACAUUCAAAUCAGCUAUUCUUAAUCGUGAAUCGUCAACGGUUUUGAUGGAUUCUGUCCCAGAAGAUGUUAUUGUUGUUGGAUCGAAAGAUAUCAUGACGUCACAGCAUGUUACAUUACCUGCUCGUGAUGUUCCUCCUAAUCCUCAUCGGAUUGGAUGGUGUGUUGUACCGCAAAUUGAGCUCGUUGGACGAGCUGAGAGGCUUUUACGAGCAACUUCAGCUGAAAUGUUUUUGACGCUUGUAGCAGGAACAAUUCGAGCUUAUUGUAGAGAUCAGGGAAUUUCGCAUCCACCAGAUCUUGGUGUUGUUAUGCCGGUAUGGAUGAAAAAAGAGAAUGAAGAAGUAUGUCGGUAUAACUGUAAUACGAUUCCAUUCCCUCUUAUGCUGCCUACAGGCGUAGAAGGUGCAAUACCACGUCUAUGGUCAAUUCAGAAGAGACUUUAUGAAAAUCUUGGUGGACAUUUGCCAUCAACGAUUCAAUCAUCUAUGUAUAUAGCUGCAUCAUGUCUUCCAUCAUCUGUAGCUACAGCCAUCUUAAAGCCAUUAUUCUCUUCACACUCAAUCUACUUUGCAUUUUAUCGAACAUCUCAUAUAGGAAAAGCAUUAGAACAAAUUUUAUUAUUUCCAUCAUUAAGUGAUAAUAUAAAAGCAUCAUUUAUCUUCAUCCAAUGUGGAUAUGAGACUAGACUGUGCGUCAGCUUGUGUAAACGUACAUUCCCUGACGUGAAUGCCGUUUUGAGGACAUUCGAGAAAGAGACAAAUAAUCUAUUGGAUCAUUUGUCUGGUAAAAUACUAUCUUUACCACAAACAACCAUAUUGCCUGGAUCGCGUUUUGGUAACUUCGAUGAAGACGGAGAAAUGUUUGGUUCAUCAUAUCUUCGACAAAAGACAGCGCAAAUGCAAAUUGAAGAAGAAUGCGAAGAUGAGCAAUAUACAUUAGAAGAAUUACAUGAGCUUCUGGCAACGGUUCAGAAGGAAUUAGAUGGCAUGAGAGCUAAUCCUCAGGGAAAUCGAAAUGACUACAUUAAGAAGUUGGAUGAAUUGGAACAACGAAUGCAACGAUUCCAUCAAAUUAUCACAACACGUCUAGGUGAAGAAAAUAUUUUGGACCAACCCAUAGAUGGAGAUGAAGUCGUUGAUAAUAUUCUAGCUCCGUAUAAGUCAGGACCAGAUCAAUCACAAAAUCGUCGAUUCAGUCGAGAAUUUCAACGGACAGAGGAACAAAAUAUGCGGAAAUCGUCAAGAUCUUCACUUUAA